AUGGAAGGUUUGAAGAAAAAGAUUUUUGGUGUUUGCCUGAAAAAUGACUUAGCACAGACUAGGAAUGAAACGAAAGGAAUCCACUAUGGGUUAAUGACUUUGGAAACUUCUAAACAACUGCAGGAAUUUCUCCAUUUGCUAGUAAUAAAGAGAGAAGUAAUUCAAAAUUUUGAGUUGUUAUUUCACAUCAUAAAUGUUGCCGUUAAAAUCACCGAUUCAAAUCUUCCAAGUGAUGAUAUCUGGCAUUUCAUUUUAAAAUUAAGAUUUUCUUCUGAGAUUAAUAUAGACGAAGACUCCAAAGUUUUAAAUUAUUUACUUGAGACUGGCAUCGCAAUGGAAAAUCCAGUCAGUUGGAAAUGCUUGGCCGUUAUUAGCAGCAUCCUCAGCAGUGUCCCUCAAUCCAAAAAGAUUAUAACUAACCUGAUCGAGACAGAACAUGCCAAAAAGAUUGGUCAGUUGUUUGAUAAUAUUCAAGAUUUGCAACAAGGAAAUUUUCUGGUGGAAAUUCUCUCUAACUGUUUUAAAAAAAGUGCUUCAAAUUCCAAGAAAGUGGAAAAAAUACCUCAGUUAUGGCAAAGCAGGUCUAAGAACAAGUUUUUCUUUGAAAAUGAAUUUUACCCUUUUAGCAGCAAAAAUGGGAGCUUACAAACCUGCCAAUUCCUGUGCAAUAAUUUCAUGUCAACUUUAUCCUUUACGGGUAUUCUAAGGCAGGUUUCUUAUAGCGGAUCUGAAACAUUAAAAAAUCUCCGUAUAUUUAAGAAAAAAGACGAUGAAAAUUCUUACUUCAUUCAGUGCAUUUACAACAAAAUCUAUCUUUGGUUAGACGAAAAAGCCCCUUUGGAAUUUGAAAGAAAGAAAAUCAGGAUUACCAAAAACUUAAAAAAUAAAAUUCAAAUUAAAUUGAGGCAACCUUUCCAUGAAUGUGUGAGAACUACCGCUGAUAAAACAGCACUCUUAUUUAACAAAACGAAGGGGUUUCAGCUGGAAUUUGAAGACGAGAAAUUAGGUGAAACUUUUUUUCACAAUGUCAACAAUAUACCUAAGAUUAGUGAAGUACAAAACUUUUUAGUUUUAGACUAUAUUGAAGAAGAACCAGAGAAUGAAGGUGAAGAAGAAGAGCAAAUCGGAAGGGCAGAUGAGCAGAAAGAGGAUGAAGAGGAAGAAUCUCUCGAUGAAUUAUCCACUCCCAUGGUAUAUCCAAUAAAAUCAUCUAUUCCCCAUAAUCAUAACGAAAAGGUUCAGUUAGUCACUCCCGACCGUUCUGUUUCCAUAAGAUCUGAUGAAUGGGAUUUAAAGUCAAAUACUGAAGACGAAGAAGGUAAUGUUCUUGCAGACCUGAAAAUAAGCAGCACUAAGGAAACAAAAAGGCAAACAGACUACGUCCAUAUUGAUUCAGAAGACCAGUCACCAGUAGUAUCCGCUCAGAUGAGAAAAAUGAGAAGAGAAUCUACGAAAACACUAGAAAUAUUGAGACAAGAGUUUAAAGAUAAGGAUGUACAAAACAAAGAAGACCAGUCCGAACAAAUACAAAACCCGUUUGUAAAUACAUCCUCGUUAGUUGUAGGUAAAUCCUGUCUUGUUAAUCCUAAGGAAAAGCCUAAUAUUGAUCAAACGGUAGUCGGAAUAACCGAAUUAAAGUCAAAUUCUUCCAUUAAGAAAAGGGAUAUCAACAUUCUCGACACUAUAUUUGGGCAACCUCCGUCCAAGAAGCAAAAACAAUUCCACAAAAAGGAGAAAAAGAAGCAGCAGAAAAAGUUGACAAACUUUAAGCCCAUUAUCGAUGUCCCUUCCCAAGAUAAACGAAACCUUAGGUCAAACGCUCCGACAAAACCCAAAUCCAUAAAAGUAAGUAAGCUGCGUACCGAUAAGAAAGUUACAGGGGAAAAAUCAAGCCCAGAAACAGCGGCAGAGAAAGUUGAUGAUCAAACUGUGCGUAGCAACGAUGAACAAGCAAUGAGCAGAGCAACUAAAGAAAAGUGCUUUCCAGAUGUCAAUGAAGGCAAAGAAAUUACUAAGGAUGACGCUAAAGUAUCUCUCGAGUCCAAAAAAAACAACGAAACUUUUGUUGAUUCAAGUGUAGUAGAAAAACAUACCCCCCCAGACAAAGACUGUAACAAUUGUAACAUUACAGAUAUUUUGGAAUCUACCACUGUUAUCGACUUGCAGUCACCCCAUGGAUUAUCUGCUCCUGGUCAGAAUACUUUCACAAACAAACUUCAAGAACAAAUUUAUAGUUCAAUAAAUCAUUUUUCUAACGAAUUGGUAAGAAAAAUUUCGAUAAUAAACCAAGAGUUAAAUAAGAAAAUCUUAAAAGAGUUGUCCGAAAAAUACCAAAAACUAUUCUCCGAAUUACAAGAUAAUUUCCAGAAUGAUACCAAUGAGAUGCUUAAAUUCAUGGGCGAGAUCAAAGACAUGAUGAAUCUCCCGGAAGAUCAGCUCGUUCAUGCUAUUAGGACAAGAAAAUUUGAUAACAACAAGAGAUAA